AUGUUCAACAACGAACCGCAAGAUCACGACAUGCUCGAUAGCGACAACGAAAGCCCCAUAGUGGACUCUGAUCAUACCAUUGAACUACUCAACUAUGUCGACCCAAACGCCGAGGUUAUUAUGGAAGAUGCCGAAAUGGGCGCAAUACCACAGGUACAGACCUUUGAAGGGAUUAACAUAGACUGGGGUGCAUGGAACGAUCAUUUUGAGCCGAACAUGACUGCAUGGCAGGCCACAUUAUACGAUGCCGAUGAUGAGGGUUCAGAAACCUCGCGACCAAACGUGAGGGCUGUGACGGAGAAGAAAGGAGAUAUUGGGAUCGUGUGGGACUACGAAGUCGAGUACAACUUUUUCUAA